AUGGCUCUUACACGCGCUUCUGUUGCCGCUGGGCGUAUGCAAGCUGCCUCCCGUUGCCCGUUCAUGCAUGCACUACCUACAGCUCGUGCUGCUUUGCUGCCGAAUAUCUCACAAUUGGUAAAAAUGUGUCCACACAUGUCGUCCGUCAUGAACGCCGUGUCCAGUGGUAGCAGCAACAAUUCACUGACACACUCGACUUCAACCACGUCGGAUGCGACGUUGAAGCGCAUAAUUGAGCUAAAAAAGAAGGCAAAGAAGCAAAAAGCUGCAAAACUGGGCGGCUUCAAGCCGUACUCAUCGGCUGUAUCUCGCUUUCCCACGACCCCGACCCGCCAGAAACGUGUUGGUGGUCUGUCAGCCUCACAAUAUGAGAAGGGAUUUGCUCAUACUAUUGAUACGAUCAAGAAGGAAGGUCGUUAUCGUGUCUUUGCUGAUCUAGAGCGCAAGCGUGGCAAGUUUCCGCGUGCCACACACCAUGAAGACUCGGGUAAUACGAAAGAGGUUGUGGCCUGGUGCAGCAACGAUUACUUGAGUAUGGGUCAGCAUCCUAAGGUUAUUGCAUCGAUGCAAGAGUAUCUAAUGAAAUCUGGUGCCGGCUCUGGCGGCACUCGUAACAUUUCAGGCACGAACCAUAAUCACGUACUGCUAGAGCGCGACUUGGCUGAUUUGCACCAGCAAGAAGCAGCGCUACUUUUUACAUCAUGCUACGUGGCAAACGACAGUGUGAUCAGCACACUUACCAAGAUUUACCCGGAUCUUAUCAUGUUUUUCUGA